AUGGAUAAUAUAUUGCUCGUUGUGGAGCUUGUGAGAGAUUACAAUAGAAGCAUAGAACCGGGUUCUGUGAUGCUCAAGAUUGACAUACGGAAGGCAUUCGAUACUCUAAAUUGGGAUUUCACCAUUCAGAUUCUAAGGGCCAUUGGUCUCACCUCGAGAUUCGUUUAUUGGAUCGCUUCCUGUAUUACCACCACAAAAUUUUCGGUGGUAAUAAACGAUGAGCUAACAGGGUUCUUCCGAGGCCAAAGGGGAUUGAGGCAAGGAGAUCCACUAUCUCUGUACCUAUUCAUUCUAGCCAUGGAUGUUUUCUCCCAUAUGCUUGAUGCAUCAGCUAAGGCUAGCCGAAUCAAGUCCCACCUGAAAUGCAUUGAACCGAUGAUCACUCACUUGGCCUUUGCAGACGACGUCAUGAUCUUCACGGAGGCUGACCCUGUCUCCAUUUCAGAGAUCAUGCGUAUCAUCGAAGAAUUUGGAAAAAUGUCAUGGUUGCAUGUUAAUCGUGAUAAGUAUGAUUUUUUCAGUGAGGCUGAUAGUAUCAAUCGCAGAAACCUAAUUGUAGCUACAGGGAUGAAAGAAGGAACUCUUCCGGUGCGCUAUCUAGAAGUGCCUCUUAGUCCUUGGUGGCUAACGAGUGGAGACUUCCAACCACUGAUUGACCGGAUACGAAGUAAAGUUUCAGGUUGGACAGCGAGAUUUCUUUCCUCAACCGACAAGGAAGAUAUAUGGGAUUUGCUCGAAAUUCCUCUGGGGAAUGGUCAGUCAGAAUCGGCUAAUGCACGGGUUGCAUGGGACAACAUAUGUAUGCCGAAAAAAGAGGGAGGGCUCGGGCCGAAGAAACUCACCGAUGUGAACCUUCGAAGGGGCUUUUGGGACACAACACCCAACCCGAGGCGUUCAUGGAAUCUACGGAAGCUUUUACGGCUUAAAGAGGUUGUCCGUCCAUUCAUCAAGAUACAAUUGGGAAAUGGACGCACAAUAUCUUUCUGGCAUGAUUCAUGGUCUUCUCUCGGACCCCUGAUCGAGUUCAUUGGAGACAAUGGCCCAUCGCAACUCCGAAUUGAAAGGAAUGCAACCGUAACUUUAGCUUGCAAGGAGGGGUAUUGGAACAUGCCGGGAGCGAGGAACGAUAAAAUUCAGCAACUCCAUAGUGAACUUACCACGGUUAUCCCACCCAAGGAAGAAAUGGGUGAGGAUGUGCCUCUAUGGAAACACAAAGAUGACACAUUCAGACAAAUCUUCUCAUCGACUAAAACCUGGGAGCUAAUCCGGGUGAGAGGGAAGCCAAAGCAUGGCACAGUAUAA